UCUCCUCGCUGCCGUUGACGGCAUACACAGAUGAUAGCAGUACAGCAUCCAGCGCAGAUACCAGAUCCUCUCUCUGUUCCGGAGAACGCUCCAGAACACUGCCCAGGCACUGAAUCUGAGCUUGCAGGGAAAUCUGCAGCAUGCGAUGGAUGCGCAAACCAAGAGAUAUGCGCAACGAAUACACCAAAGGGUCCUGACCCUGCUCUGCCACUCAUCCGUCAACGUAUGUUAAAUGUCAAGCGCAAGAUCCUCGUUCUCUCGGGCAAGGGCGGUGUGGGCAAGUCCACUUUCACUGCCCAACUGGGUUGGGCAUUUGCUUCAGAUGAUGAAAUUCAGACAGGAAUCAUGGACGUCGAUAUCUGCGGGCCUUCGAUUCCCACCAUCCUCGGUAUUACAUCUGAACAAGUGCACUCAUCAUCAUCUGGAUGGUCUCCUGUUUAUGUCCAAGACAAUCUAGGCGUCAUGUCUGUGGGCCUCAUGCUUCCCUCUUCAAAAGACGCCGUCAUGUGGCGAGGGCCGAAGAAAAACGGCCUUAUUGCGCAGUUCCUCAAAGACGUAGACUGGGGUACACUUGACUAUCUCCUUGUCGAUACUCCACCCGGAACGUCUGAUGAACACCUCAGCAUCGUGCAGUACCUCAAAGACAGUGGGAUCGACGGCGCCGUCGUUAUCACGACACCUCAGGAGGUCGCCCUGCAGGACGUGCGCCGUGAGAUAGAUUUCUGUCGAAAGGUCGGGAUCAGGGUGUUGGGCGUCGUCGAGAACAUGGCGGGCUUCGUGUGCCCAGGGUGUAAGACGGAGUCGCAGAUCUUCAAGCCAUCGACGGGCGGCGCGAAGAAGCUUGCGCAGGACAUGGGUGUCGAGAUGCUGGGAUCUGUCCCCCUCGAUCCGCGGAUAGGAAAAAGUGCAGACUAUGGGGUUAGUUUCCUAGAUGAGUAUCCGGACAGCCCUGCCACGACAGCAUAUUUGAACAUCAUCGACCGCAUUAAACAGAUUCUAGGGGACGAUUAGUUGAAUAUCUAUUCACCUUCUAUCCGGGAUCUUAUUCGCGCUCAUUCCCGGCUUUGUACCUCCGCCAUACUCACCCUUUGUACUAGAUAUCAUGGAACUGUAUUAUUCUUCGAGAGCUGUAAUUGAUUCCAACGUAGGGGGGUGUAUUGUACAUUCAUUCUAUCAUGUGCAUGUUCGUUCUAUGCCGCAUCACUCAAAACAAGCUAAGACAGCCACUUGAGUGCACGUCUAAACACUUUCCUCUACCACGCCAACACCUCAACUUGACUUCUCCUUAUCACUUUCCUUGUCCUUGCUCCAGGACUCGCGCUUUUCGCCCCUGAACUCCCCAGGCAUCUCACUCGGUGGUGCAUCUGCCUCUGUUUCCGCUUCUCGAAUGUACCGCGCAAUCGGUGCACCUCCUACCUCGCCGCUCUCGCCAGCGUCCACACUUUCGUAUAUUGACACUGUCGAGAGCGUACGUAGGAGCUUCCUUGGGACCUCCGCACCACCAACAGUACUCGCCGUCCUCGACCGAGCGGGUAUGACGUACCCAUCGCGUUGCGCGCUAGGGAAUGCGAUGCCGCCGGCGCCGCCUUGUCCCGUACCUCCACCACCGUCGUCAACGAAUGAGGGCGCACGCCCGAACACUUGCUCCGGUGAACGCGAGAAGUAUGAGUCGCGGUCGCGCGUUGAAUGUGCCGAGUGUAUCGAAAAGAUACUUGCGCGUCUCGCGUACGAGACCAGCGGGUCUCCAUCUCUCCUCCUCGCGACUAUCGGAGCUAGACUUCCCUCGCUCGCCUUUCGCUCUUGCGCCCUCUCCGGAAGAUCUACUGGUUCCUCCUCUGCGCUUUGUCCAGAUUCCACAACUGUGUUCAGUUCGGUCUGAUCCUCUUCUGUUCUACCAACGGCGAUCUCCUCCGAAAGCACACUCGGACUCCUCAAUGAUGCGGGUUCCUCGGUCAUCUCCAAUGCAAAGGACCUGACCUCCUUUCUGUACUCCUCGAUCUCCUUCCACAAAGUCUCUCUGAACUGCUCGAUGGUCUCUAAUGCUUCGAUCUCUCGCCAUCGAUCAAAAGGUGUCGGGCAGAGGGGCUCGUCAUCGACAUCGUGAUAACCCGCAAGCCAAGGGUGUUCAAGGGCUUGUCCAACUGUUAUUCGCGAUUCAGGGUCGAAGCACAACAUUUUUUCCAAAAGGUCAAGUGCUUGAGGGUCAGCCAACGGGAUAAAUUUG